CGACGCAUCGUGGUGCAGUGGCAGUGUCCUAGCGUGGAGGCCUCUCUCCUGCUGCAAUUUUCCCAGCUUUUUUUUCCUUUUAUUUCAUUAUUUUCGCUGCGACUGUUCUCCGUUCGCGGGCCAGGAGCCCUCGGAAUUCUUAGACGACACGUCGAUUGAUCAAUUGAUCAACUCUCUCAAUUAUACACCUAUUUUUACCACAAUGACAGAUACUGACCCUCCAGGGAUCGAGCCCGAAAGCUCCACCGCGCCAACAGCAACAAAGCGCGAUAAUGACUCGGCGACACAACUGGCCGCCACUGGCCGCGGCCGAAAGGUCAAGGGAGCGUUCCAGCUCAACGUCCACGAUGCGCUGAGCCCGGACCCGACUAACGAGGACAUGUACGACGUCCCCGACAACAAGUUCGCCUUCUCUCCCGGCCAGCUUUCCAAGCUGCUCAACCCCAAGAGUCUCGACGCCCUCUACGCCCUUGGCGGCCUGGCCGGCCUCGAGAAGGGCCUGCGCACCGAUCGCCAUGCCGGCCUAAGCACCGACGAGAGCGCCCUUGACGGCACCGUCAGGUUCGAAGACGUCGCGCCCCAGGGCGUCCCCAAGUAUGGCUCCAACGGCGAUACAUUGCCCGUCGCCGCCAAGGCCGGGGACGCCAAACCCGCCACCGCCCCGGCGCCCGCGCACCACGCGGGCGGCCAGUUCGCUGACCGCAAGCGCGUGUUCCGCGACAACAGGCUACCCGAGAAGAAGCCAAAGUCGUUGCUGGAGCUGGCCUGGAUUGCCUACAACGACAAGGUCCUGAUCCUGCUGACCGUCGCCGCCAUCGUGUCCCUCGCCCUCGGUCUGUACCAGACUUUUGGCGUCGACCACGAGCCGGGCGAGGCCAAGGUGGAAUGGGUCGAGGGCGUGGCCAUCAUGGUCGCCAUCUUCAUUGUCGUGGCAGUGGGUACCCUGAACGAUUGGCAGAUGCAGCGCCAGUUCGCUACCCUCAACAAGAAGGCCGGCGACCGCACCGUCAAGGUCAUCCGCUCUGGCAAGUCUGUCGAGAUCUCCGUCUUCGACAUCAUGGUCGGCGACGUCAUGCACCUCUUCACCGGCGACAUGGUCCCCGUCGAUGGCAUCUUCAUCGACGGCCACGGGGUCAAGUGCGAUGAGUCUUCGGCCACCGGCGAGUCGGACCUGCUCAAGAAGGUUCCUGCUGACGACGUCUUUGCGGUUCUGGAGGAUGUCGCCAAAGGGGGCAAGCCGCCGGCCGACAUCGAGAAGCUCGACCCUUUCAUCAUUUCGGGCAGCAAGGUCAACGAGGGUAACGGUACUUUCCUGGUCACUGCUGUAGGUGUCAACUCGAGCUACGGCCGCAUCAUGAUGUCGAUGCACACGGACCAGGAGGACACGCCGUUGCAGAAGAAGCUCAACAUCCUCGCCGACUGGAUUGCCAAGUUUGGCGCUGGCGCGGCGCUCCUGCUGUUCAUCGUCCUCUUCAUCAAGUUCCUGGCUCAGCUUCCCAACAACCACGACACUCCCGGCCGGAAGGGCCAGGACUUCCUGCGGCUCUUCAUCACGUCGGUCACCGUCGUGGUAGUUGCCGUCCCGGAGGGCCUGCCCCUGGCCGUCACGCUCGCUCUUGCAUUUGCGACUACGCGCAUGAUGAAGGACAACAACCUGGUGCGCGUUCUGAAGGCGUGCGAGACAAUGGGCAACGCCACUGCCGUCUGCUCCGACAAGACCGGAACCCUAACGCAAAACAAGAUGACGGUCGUGGCGACGACUCUCGGGAAGAGUCUCUGCUUUGGCGGCACCGAUGCCCCUCUGGAGGAGGAAGAGGAGGCGGACAAAGCCGCCAAGGCCGUCGAGAUUAUUAACAUCCCGAACGUCACCGUCAGCGAGUUCGUCAAGGCCCUGAGCGACACAACCAAGCAGCUCCUCAUCGAAUCCAAUGCGGUAAACUCGACCGCUUUUGAGGGCGAUGUCGAUGGCGAGAAGACCUUCAUCGGCUCCAAGACCGAGGUUGCUUUGCUCACCCUCUGUCGUGACCAUCUCGGUGCCGGGCCCCUUCAGGAGGAGCGCGCAAACGCCAAUGUCGUCCAGGUCGUGCCCUUCGACUCGGCCGUCAAGUACAUGGCCACCAUCGUCAAGCUGCCCAACGGCAAAUUCCGUGCCUACGUCAAGGGCGCCUCCGAGAUCCUGCUCGCAAAGUGCACGCGAGUCAUUGCCGAUCCUGCCGGCGAGGAGCUGGCGACGACCGCCAUGACCGAGGACGACCGUGCCGUCUUUUCGCAGACCAUCACUUCGUACGCCGGCCAGACCCUCCGCACCAUCGGCUCGUCCUACCGUGACUUUGAUUCCUGGCCGCCCCCGGAGCUCGCCGGCCAGCAGGACCUGACGGCCGCCGAGUUUGACAAGGUGCACAACGACAUGACCCUCGUAGCCAUCUACGGCAUCAAGGACCCGCUUCGGCCCUCCGUCAUUGACGCCAUCAAGGACUGCCGCCGCGCCGGUGUCACCGUACGCAUGGUUACCGGCGACAACAUCCUCACCGGCCGCGCAAUCGCCAAGGAGUGCGGUAUCUACCAUCCCGAAGAAGGCGGCAUCGCCAUGGAGGGCCCCGUGUUCCGCCGCAAGAGCGAGGAAGAGCUCAAGAAGCUCGUGCCGAAGCUGCAGGUUCUUGCUCGCUCGAGCCCGGAGGAUAAGCGCAUCCUGGUCCGGAUGCUCAAGGAGCUCGGCGAGACGGUUGCCGUGACCGGCGACGGCACCAACGAUGCGCCCGCCCUGAAGAUGGCCGAUAUCGGGUUUGCCAUGGGCAUCGCGGGCACCGAGGUGGCCAAGGAGGCUGCGGCCAUCAUUUUGAUGGACGACAACUUUGCAUCCAUCGUCAAGGGCAUCAGCUGGGGCAGGGCCGUCAACGACGCCGUCAAGAAGUUCUUGCAGUUUCAACUCACCGUCAACGUCACGGCCGUCGUUCUUACCUUCGUCUCUUCCGUUGCCAGCGACAAAGAGCAGUCCGUGCUCAACGCGGUUCAGCUUCUCUGGGUCAACCUCAUCAUGGAUACAUUUGCUGCUCUCGCCCUCGCUACCGACCCACCCUCGCCAUCGGUUUUGGACCGGAAGCCCGAUAGGAAGACGGCCUCCCUCAUCAGCACCCGCAUGAUGAAAAUGAUUAUUGGCCAAGCCAUCUGUCAGCUCGCCAUCACCCUCGUCCUCAACUUCGCGGGUGCUUCGUUGCUCGACUACGAGGUGUCCAACUCGGUGCAAAAUGUUCGUGAACACGAGCAGGAGCGCCUGCGGACUCUCGUCUUCAACACUUUUGUCUGGUUGCAGAUCUUCAACGAGCUCAAUAACCGCCGCCUUGACAACAAGCUCAACAUCUUCGAAGGCAUUACGCGCAACUACUUCUUUAUCAUUAUCAAUCUCAUCAUGAUUGGCGGCCAAGUCCUCAUCAUCUUCGUCGGCGGCGAGGCCUUCAAGAUCACGCGUCUGAACGGCAAGGAAUGGGGUCUUUCCAUCGGCCUCGGCGCCAUUUCCCUUCCCUGGGGCGCUCUCAUCCGCAAGUUCCCCGACGCCUGGGCGGAGGCCAUGGUUCCGCAUAUGCCAACCCCCAACGUCUGGCCUUUCAACCGGAAGAAGAAGAAGGAGGCCGCGCUCGCAGAGGAGCAGGACGUCGAGAAGGCAGAGAGGGCCACGUCGGCAUCCGACGAGACCGGGGCGCUGCACCAGAAGCAGAGGAAGAGGACCACGCUGCCCGUCGAUGGCGAGCCGGGCGAUUAUCCGUUUGAGCCCCCGCUGCGCACGCUGACCAGCCUGAGGGGCAAGCGCGCGUCAACGCAUAUAUCGCAAGUACGCAGCGGGUUCCGGGGGUAUGUGCACGACAAGAAGGACCAGAUGAAAGCGAAGGCCAAGGGAAUGUCUGCGAGCAAGACGAACGUGUCGGCCCACGUGGUCGUGCCUGCGUCCGUCGCUGCCGCGCCUGGCAUCGCGGGGAAGGGCCCCGACGUGGCGCACUAAUUAGGAUAUUAUACAUUGCAACAAUCUCAACAUGGGGAACAGGGAGGUAAUCUGGCUAUACUAAUCUACGUCUACUUGUGUUUCUUUCUUGUUCUUGUUUCCCUUGUUAUUUUUUUUGGUCUUGUCUUUG